AUGUUGCCCACUCCUGCACCUACCUCGCCACCGUCUUCCCCCCGACCUGAAGCCGUCGCUGCCGAAAACCACGAAAUUGUAUAUCCUGCGCCGCCUAAGAACUCAAGCAGUGCACCAUUUCACGUCCUUGCUGCUCUUUUUGACAAACUACAGAACGAGAGAAAGCCAGAGAAACGGAGGAAGCUGCUGGAUUCCUGGUUUAAUAAAGACCGUGAGCGUGCUGUUUAUGGCUUGAAGGAGAAAAAUUUGGCGAAGACAUAUAUCAAACUCAUUCCCCUUGGACCAAGAGAUCCUGAUGCGAUACGAUUACUUAACUGGAAGAAACCAACUGAGAGAGAAAAAUCCUCGGGAGAUUUCCCAACUGUGCUAUAUGAAGUUAUCAGCAAGAGAUCUUCUGUAAUUGAGGGUACGUUGACGAUUGAUGAAGUGAACGACGUGCUGGAUGAGUUAUCGCGAAAUAUGGGCAAAUCCGACGUCCAGUCGAGACUCUUACAACGUGUAUAUAAUCGUAGCACUCCCGAGGAACAGCGAUGGAUCGUGCGCAUCGUACUCAAAGAUAUGAUCAUAUCCGUCAAGGAGACCACCGUGUUCUCUGUCUUUCAUCCGGAUGCACACGACCUCUUUAACACCUGUUCAGACCUUAAGAAAAUCGCCUGGGAAUUGUGGGACCCUAACCGAAGAUUGAAUGAGGAGGAUAAAGGGGUUCAGCUGUUCCGCGCCUUUGCUCCCAUGCUCUGUAAGCGUCCCACUCGCAAAAUUGAGGACUCCGUCAGAGAGAUGCAGGGUCGAACCUUCAUUGUAGAGGAGAAGCUUGAUGGAGAGCGAAUGCAAUUGCAUAAACGAGGAAAUGAGUACUUUUACUGCUCAAGGAAAGGCAAGGACUACACAUAUUUGUAUGGCAAGCACGUAGGAAUGGGGAGCCUCACACCUUACAUACACAGUGCUUUUGAUUUGCGAGUCGAUGAGAUUGUCUUGGACGGCGAAAUGUUGGUAUGGGAUCCAGUCUCAGAACGCAAUCUUCCAUUUGGGACACUCAAGACCGCAGCACUUGACAAGUCAAAAAGGGACUAUAAUCCACGUCCAUGCUUCAAGGUGUUCGACUUGCUCUAUCUUAAUGGCAUGUCCCUUCUACAGAAGUCGUUAAAGUUCCGGAAACGCAAUCUGCGUGCAUGUCUCAAGGAAGUAUCAGGCCGUAUCGAGUAUGCUGUGGAGUACGAGGGUCGUACUGCGAAGGAUGUCCGAGAGCGUAUGAAUGACAUUAUUGCCUCUCGGGGCGAGGGUUUGGUUCUCAAGCACCCCGAUUCAGAAUAUGUUUUGAAUGGGAGGAACAGGGACUGGAUCAAGGUCAAACCGGAAUAUAUGGACAACAUGGGGGAAACUGUCGACGUACUAGUUGUAGGUUGGUCAAAUUGUUGUUCCACCAAUUUAUUUGCGACUAAUUCGAAGAAAGCUGGAAACUAUGGCACAGGACGACGCGCAGGCGGAGUAUCCACGCUCAUUUGCGCUGUACUCGAUGAUCGUCACCCAGAAGAUGACGAUGAAUCGAAGUAUAGUACGUUUGUCCGGAUCGGCUCUGGUUUGUCCUAUGCAGAUUAUAUAUGGGUGCGGCAAAGAUCCUGGAAAACAUGGGAUCUCAAGAACCCCCCCAGCUUUCUACAUGUGUCCAAGAGAGGUCAAGAAGACAAGGGUGACGUAUAUCUUGAGCCAGAAGAUUCAUUUAUCAUCAAGGUUAAAGCUGCGGAAAUUGUGACAAGUGAUCAGUAUCACAUGGGAUUGACGAUGCGCUUUCCGCGAGCUCUCAAAAUACGUGACGAUUUGGAUGUCUCCGAUUGUAUGAGAGCUAGCGCUGUGCUAGAGGGUUUGCGAUCGGAGCAGAAACGAAAAUUGGAAGAUGAUGAUGGGAAGCCAAAGAAAAAGCAGAAGAGAACAGCGAAGAAGAUUUCUCUGAUGCCAGAGUAUCAAGGAAUAAAAGUUAAGAAUGUCGAGAUUGAAACCGACCUGUUGGAGGGGAUGAAAUUCAUGGUAGCGUCAGACCCUAAGUCAAGAUCUGGGGAAGAGGACAAGAAGCAAUUGCUUCAGCUGAUUCAUGCACAUGGUGGAAGUUAUGUACAGGUGGUGAAAGCCGAUCCAGAAAUCUUAGUGGUUUAUGGAGGCGCAAGCACUCCGUAUGAUAUCAAAUUAAUCAUGAACAAGGGCAUAUGCGAUAUUAUCAAGCCACAAUGGAUCAUGGACUGCAUCGCGAGGGGCGAUUUGAUCCCCAUGAGUAAAAAAUACUUCUUCCACGCUACUGAGCGACGUCAACAGGACGAUGAUUAUAAUCUCGCUGAUGACGACGAAGAUGAAGCAGACCCUUCUGCUUCCGGAAGUCCAGUGAGAGAUGCAGAGAUGAAGGAGAGCAACAUCACCGAAGGCGAGGUUGAAGAGGAUGAUUCUUCCAUGGCCGAUUGGUUCAAGGUGAAAGACCCUUCAAUAGCGCAAGAAGAUCACCGCGGUGAUGCAGACAGCGAAACGGAGCCGGAUUCGGAUAACGAGGACAUCACCUGCGAUGAGGAUGCGAACCCAGAUGAAGAUGGCGAUGACGACUGGAUAGAUGUGAAGCUCUCACAAGCUCGCUCAAGCGACGUUGCUCAGAAUGGUAGUGAGGCGCUUGGUGAUAGUCAUGCAACUCCUGCUGAAGCCGACGGGCAAGGUCGUAUGGGCGAAAACCACGAUGCGAUGGAAUAUGACACGGAACUUAUUUUCAGGCAUCUCUGCUUCUACCUCGAUUCGCCUGUGAAUGCAAGAAAGCAUGAUAUGACAGUGAACCCAAAGAAUGAGGAUGCGUUGACAAGAAGCUUCGACAAACUGUCGUUACUCAUCACUAAGAACGGCGGCCAUGUUGCGGACUUGGACAAGCCUACGCUCACGCAUGUAGUUCUUGACAAACGUGACAUCACUCGUCGCUCGGAACUCAUCAAGCGAACAUCGAAACCUAAACGGCGUCACCUCAUCAUCGCCGAGUUUAUUCAAGCAUGUCUUGACGAGGAUACGCUCUUAGAUGAGGAUGAAUUUGCUCCCUGA